AUGGAAAGUGAAGAUAACGCCAAAGCUCAAGUACGAUCCAUACUUGGACCAACUAAGGACGCCGAAUUUCUACAAAGUUUUGUGAGAAUUGGAGUGGGGGAAGACGAUGAAGAGAUUCCCAUACCGAAAGCGUCGAUCAGCAAAAGAGCUCCACCAACUGCUGAGAAGAUCGAAUCAUUUGGCGAAGAUGACAAACAAUCUGCUGAUAGAAAGGAAUCGAUUAAGCCCCAGAAGAAAAAGUUCCGCCGUAAGCCAAAACGGGAAAGACGAAUUCGCCAAGAGGAACUGUAUACCGACAAGGAUCGUGCUGCGGCGGUAGUCAUGGGAUAUAAGGACAUUAAGCUGUCUCUUAACAUGAAAGACAAAGCUGAAAGGAGCAGUGCAUUGCAGAUUCCAGCUGAGGCUGAUGCCGGCACACUCUUAGCUCUCGCACGCGCUGAGAUGAUGAGGGAGAGAUAUCGCACGGCUUUAAUGUUUGUUGAUAAGGCAAUAGAGUUAGCUCCCGAAGAAAAAGCAGCUUAUGUAGCCCGAAGUAAAUGCUAUUUACUUCUUGGGGAACCCCGGCGUGCACUGGAAGAUGCGGAGACGGCGCUAAAACUCGACCCAAAGCACGCAAAGGCAUUGCUUCAGAAAGCGGAAGCUCUGUACUAUUGCGGGGAGUUUGAAAUGAGUUUGGUGCAUUACCAUAGGGGUCUUCGGGCGCGGCCUGAUUUAAGCGAAUUCAGACUCGGAGUACAAAAAGCUCAGGAAGCAAUUGAAAAUACAAUUGGAUCAGUAAAGCAGGUGAAGAAAGGAGGGAAACGCACCAGUUCAAAAUCCCGUCCAGUUUUAGGGCAAUUAAUGUCUGAUAAAAUAUAUCUCGAGAAUCUCCUUAAAAAUCCUGAUCUAGCUAUAGCAGACAAGAAAAAUGACGUAGUAAUGAAACAAGCUGAAGAAGCUAUCCGCUUUUUGGAAAAUAGAGAAGAGUUUUGGCGGCAACAACAAACAGCGAAGCGACACUAAGAAAUCUUUUUAAUUAUAAGAACAUAAUAAUUUCUACUUAUUAGUGUAGUUAUAGUAGU